AUGAACGUUACCACUACUUGUUUACUCGCACUCACCCUUUUCGGGCUCAUAUACGGGGCUAAGGACUACACCUACCCAAUCGAUAGCAAUUUAAAAGGACGCUGCGUGACAUUGCUGGUCAAUAAGCAGGAUGUACCUCCUGGUGAGACUAGGAUUGAUGCUCUCGAUAACCUCCCGAAAACCUUUUCGGGUAUGAAAUCAGGUCGCGCUCACCAGCAAUGCAUGGAUGCCGUUAGGAUGGCCCUCAAAAAAAAGUUGGAGGGCGGGUAUGGGUCUAAACCUAUUAAGUGCAGGAACUAUAUUAAUUGCCUGACCGCCGACGUGUGCGACCCAAAGGCACCGUUCGAUGAGGCAAUUGCCCAUUUACUCGUCAAAGUGAGCAAGGGUUACCGGCAUAUACUCAAGACAGGCCAUAGUUGCCAACCACUACGACCCUGGAGGAUUAUAAAGUCAUGUGACUUUGGUUUGGCUAAAGAGGUCCUAAAUUGUGAUCCGUUUCGUAUGUCUAAAGCAAAACAUACGGCAGAUGUGGGAACUGUUUACUAUAUGGCACCGGAAAAUUGAAAAAAAUGAUAAUUUGGAAGAAUUUGCUAUUAAAAUGAAAGUAUUAUUGGUGUCAAUGGCUAUCAAUAAGUAUCGCAAAAACGGUUCAACAGAUUGGAGGNAAAAAC